AUCUGAAGUUUUGACGCAGUGACUGGCAGUCGAGCGUCUUCAGACGUCACAGUUUGUCCUUAGUUUCGAGUCCCUCCUGCAUAUUCAAGGUAGUUCCGUAGAAGCGCUUGCUGACACCGAUCGUCCUAAGAGCCGAGAAUUUUCCUCCUUGGACGGUUCCAGUUCAAAUACCCUACAGAAACUGGUCGAGGGGCGUUGUCGAAGGGUAUGCACAGUGCCUGUGUGGAACGUGCGGGAACCUCCAGGGUGAAGGGCCGAGCUUGUGCCCGUCUUGGGAGCUCACUGGACGCAGACCUGUUGUUUUGGUCAACACGCGUCAUUACCUCGGUGAGCCGACUGGAAAAAACCUCAAGUUAAUUUUGUCCACGGCGUGCGUGACUGAUCUCACGACUGUAGAGAGCGAUUUAUUUGUGAUUGUAGUAAUAAUGUUACAGAUGGCUCCUUCACCUACUACGGUUCCUCCAGCUCCAGUGAAGCCAAGUGCUUCAAGUGAAAAGGCUGAAUUUAUUCGUCCAGACCUGCCAAGUCGCUGCACAUGGCACCUUGGAGCAGACAAGAAAAAUAGCCCUCAUUUUGAGCAACAAGUUGUGCCAAAAGAGAAAAUUUUGCCUAACGUGCUGGAUGCAAUUGGCCACACGCCAAUGAUAAGAUUAAAUAGAAUUCCAGCUGCAUAUGGAGUUAAAUGUGAAAUGUUGGCUAAAUGUGAAUUUCUCAAUCCGGGAGGAAGUGUAAAGGAUAGAAUUGCAUAUCGCAUGGUAGAGGAUGCUGAACGUAAAGGUCUUCUGAAACCUGGAUGUACUCUUAUAGAGCCUUCGUCUGGAAAUACAGGCAUUGGUCUUGCAAUGGCAGCAGCUGUCAAAGGCUACCAUUGCAUAAUAGUAAUGCCAGAGAAGAUGUCAAAUGAGAAAGUCGAUGUUCUUCGUGCUCUUGGUGCUGAAAUUAUUCGUACUCCAACUUCUGCUGCUUUUGAUUCUCCAGAAGGUUUAAUAUCAGUUUCUCAGAGACUCAACAGAGAGAUACCAAAUUCGAUAAUCUUGGAUCAAUACAGAAAUGCUAGUAAUCCAAUUGCCCAUUAUGAUCUUACUGCUGAGGAAAUUAUUGACCAGUGUGAUGGUAAAAUAGAUAUGAUUGUUUGUGGAGCUGGAACUGGAGGCACUAUUUCUGGGAUUGGUCGUAAGAUUAAAGAAAAAUGCCCAAAUUGUAAGGUAGUUGGUGUAGAUCCUCUUGGUUCAAUUCUUGCUCUACCUGAAGAUUUGAAUAAAACAGAAGUUUCAUUUUAUGAGGUGGAAGGAAUUGGAUACGAUUUCAUUCCAACUGUCUUAGACAGAACUGUGGUUGAUGAAUGGCAAAAGUCUGGUGACAAGGACUCGUUGAUAAUGGCCAGAAGAUUAAUAAAAGAUGAGGGUUUACUUUGUGGUGGAAGCAGUGGCUCUGCGAUGGCUGCAGCUGUAAAGGCAGCAGCUAGUCUGAAGGAAGGGCAGAGAUGUGUUGUUCUUUUACCUGACGGCAUUAGGAAUUAUAUGACCAAAUUUGUGUCUGACCAGUGGAUGCAGGCCCGUGAUUUUAUUGAAGAAACUGGAUCACAAAACCACUGCCUGCGGAAUGACAAAUCGGCCAACGACAAAUCAAGCAUGGACAAGAUCAAAUAAGAAGAUAAAAUCUGAAUUCAGUGAAGAAAUUGAAGACUGAAACUGCUAUAUGCUCUUCUUUCUAUAUCGCAACCAAUUACAGAUACGAUAUUCUUAUUUACAGUUGUAGUAUUGAAUCAUCAUCAUUGUUUUGUUAAUUUUUAAUGUUUGUUGUAAUUCAUUUAUUUUAUGAUGUAAAUUUCAGAGAAUCAUUAAUAUUUGUUUAUCAGCACUCGCAACAUAAUUUUGAGUUUUCUUUGAGCCUGAACUCUUUUAGUUUAGGGAAUAUAUACAUUUGUAGUAUGUACUUUUGUGUGUCUCAGGUUCAUCAUGUUGUAAUGUACUAAUCCAUGCUUGAAUAUACAUUUCCUUCCUGCAUAUGAUUAUAUAAUGCAUUUAUCAAUUAAUUACCUGUUGAAGGUGUAUGCAAAAAUCGUGGAUGUAACUGUUUAUUGCAACCACAAUAGUAGCCUAUUGUUAUUGUUAAUGCUAGUUUUAUAUUAAAAUGUGAUUCUCCAUUUCUCACAUCACAUUUUGGAUAGUUUUCUUUUUUUUAAGAUACUAGCGCAAUAUUGAACAUUAAGUCUGCUUAUAUAAGUAAACUUUUGUAUUCAUCAUUUUCCACUCCUAUUGAUGUACCUCAGUUAUUAAGUUAUAAUAACCUUUAAAUAUAGAAUGUUAUUGAAUUCGAGUCACAUUUGCAAAAGUAUAUCAUAAAUUAGCUGUUUAAAACUUUUUUGAAUGGUUAUCAAUUGAGAUGAUUAGUAAGAUACAGUAAUAUUUGUAACUUAAGUUCAUGUAAUGUAUUCGUUGCUCAGUGAAGUAUUUUGUAGCAUGUGUUCUGCUUAUUGUACGUAAUAUUAUUUCAAAUUUAUGAGUUAGGCUCUCCAAGACUUGAUGUACUUAAUUAUACAUUUGAUUUUGCUCUCAAGAUCAAUUAUACUAGUACUAGUGCUGAUAAUAUUGCAGUUUUUGCAGAUUUUGAAUAAAAAAAUGAAUAAGAA